UGCCCUCAAUUCCUGUCUCGAACGUUUGUUUUCUUUCAAAACGAUCAGUUGGGAGCGACUCACUGUAAGUCACCCUACCUAAAAUCUGCUCUUCAUGGCAGAGAAGCUGGCUCUUUCUCUUCUUCUUUCGAACCCACCACUGCCAGCGAAGUCCUUCUUUUCCAGCCAGACUCACCACAGAAUACAUGCCAUUUCACCACCACAACCAAUAAGCCCUCGUCUCCACUACCUUCUUCCUCCUCAAACAUCCAAUUCUCAACAACCCAUUGUCCCUAAAUCCUUAAUUCCUCCUUCUUUCAUAUCUAGAAACCGAACUCGCAUCGGCAAGUCCCGGGACUCCAACCGCGGGAAGCCAUGGUCACAUCAUCGUCUCUCCACUCAAGGUCAGCGAAUUCUUCAAUUGUUGGUCGACCCAUCUUUUGAAGUCAGUGAAUUGAAUGAUGUAUUGCUUCAGUUAUUUGAGCACUACCAAGAAGAGGUUAGUGUUAAGGGUGAUGGUAUGGAUUGCUUAACCGCGGAUGUUUUGGGUAUUAUUAAGGGUUUAGGGUUUAACAAGAAAUAUGACUUGGCUUUGAGUGUGUUUGAGUGGGUGAGGAAUAGGAAGGAUUUUGAGUCUGUGUUGAGUAAUUCUGUUGUUGCUGUUGUCAUCAGUAUGCUUGGUAAGCAAAGGAAAGUUUCGGCUGCAGCAUCUUUGUUAAAUAACUUGCAUAAAAAUGGGUUUGAUUUGGAUGUGUAUGCUUAUACUUCGUUGAUAACUGCUUAUGCUAGUAAUGAGAAGUAUAGGGACGCUGUAAUGGUAUUUAAGAAGCUGGAGGAAGAGGGAUUCAGACCUACUUUGAUAACUUACAAUGUGAUUUUGAAUGUGUAUGGAAAAAUGUGUAUGCCAUGGAGUAAGAUUGCAGGUCUCAUUGAGGGAAUGAAAAGUGCUGGAGUUUCCCCUGAUUCAUACACUUAUAAUACACUAAUAAGUUGUUGCCGGCGAGGGUCUUUGCAUGAGGAAGCUGCUAGCAUAUUUGAGGAGAUGAAAUUGGCAGGGUUCAUGCCUGACAAAGUUACUUACAAUGCUUUGUUGGAUGUUUAUGGGAAGUCUAGACGGCCUAAGGAAGCCAUGUUGGUAUUAAGAGAGAUGGAGAACAAUGGAUGUUCCCCAAGCAUCGUGACUUACAAUUCACUGAUAUCAGCUUAUGCUAGAGAUGGACUGUUGGAUGAGGCCAUGGAGCUCAAGACCCAGAUGGUUGAGAAAGGGAUAAAGCCUGAUGUUUUCACAUAUACAACCCUCUUUUCAGGAUUUGAGAAGACUGGAAAGGAUGAGUCUGCAAUGAGGAUUUUUGAGGAAAUGAGAAGUGAAGGAUGUAAACCAAAUAUAUGUACUUUCAAUGCCCUAAUCAAGAUGCAUGGUAAUAGGGGCAAGUUUGCAGAAAUGAUGAAGGUUUUUGAGAAGAUCAAGACAUGCCAUUGCAGCCCAGAUAUUGUUACUUGGAAUACGCUGUUGGCAGUGUUUGGGCAAAAUGGGUUGGACUCUGAGGUGUCUGGUGUUUUCAGGGAGAUGAAGAGGUCAGGUUUCCUUCCUGAGAGGGACACUUUCAACACCUUAAUCAGUGCCUACAGUCGAUGUGGUUCUUUUGAUCAAGCCAUGGCUGUCUAUAAAAGAAUGCUAGAAGCCGGUGUUACUCCUGAUCUUUCUACCUACAAUGCUGUUUUGGCAGCAUUGGCUCGGGGAGGGCUUUGGGAACAGGCUGAGAUAAUUCUUGCUGAAAUGAAGGAUGGUCGGUGCAAGCCCAAUGAGCUAACAUAUUCUUCCUUGCUUCAUUCUUAUGCCAACGGUAGGGAGAUUGAGCGAAUGCAUGCUCUGGCAGAAGAUAUAUACACUGGUGUGAUUGCACCUGAUACUGUGCUCUUGAAGACCCUUGUUUUAGUUUAUAGUAAACGUGACCUUCUGAUGGAAACAGAGCGUGCAUUCUUGGAGCUGAAGAAGAAUGGGUAUUCGCCUGAUAUAACAACUUUGAAUGCCAUGGUUUCAAUAUAUGGGAGGAGGCAGAUGGUUUCCAAAACAAAUGAGAUAUUGAACUUUAUGAAUGAGAGUGGUUUCACUCCCAGCUUGACAACUUAUAACAGUUUGAUGUAUAUGCACAGCCGCUCUGAAAAUUUUGAGACAGCAGAAGAUCUUUUAAGGGAAAUUAUAGCAAAAGGUAUGAAGCCUGAUAUAAUUUCAUACAAUACAGUCAUUUAUGCGUAUUGUAGAAAUGGUAGAAUGCAAGAGGCUUCGCGAAUGUUCACAGAAAUGAAGAAUUCUGGGAUUGUUCCAGAUGUAAUCACAUAUAAUACCUUUGUUGCAUGUUAUGCAGCUGAUUCAUUGUUUGAGGAGGCUAUUAAUGUUGUUCAAUAUAUGAUGAAGAAUGGUUGUAAACCAAAUCAGAACACAUACAAUUCCAUUGUAGAUGGCUAUUGUAAAUACAACCGCCGAGAUGAGGCAACUAUGUUUAUCAAGGACCUCCGUAGCCUCGAUCCAUAUAUUUCUGAUCAAGAGGAGUCUAGGUUAUCAGAACGUAUAAUCAAGAAAUGGUCAUAGAUUAUCAUUUUCUUUAAGAGGCAUGAGCUCAGUAGGCAUGCUCGCAUCUGAGAGACUGAGACAUGCAUAUGGUUCUUGGUUCUCUCAUGGAGAUGAGAAGCUGAAGAUGUUGUGAAUGAUUCUGUGGCCUUAAAUUCAGUAGGCCAACUGCAAGACAUUAUAUUUAAUUUUAUCAGGAGGCCUUAAAUUCAAGCAGGAGAAGCUAUAAAGGGAAAAGGGAGGCCUACAAAGACAUAUGCGAGGCCUUAAAUGUAUCAGAACACAUGUAGGGGAUAGAAAAUGAUUUUUUUUUUGAGCGAGAUGGCAGUUGCAUAACUUCAAGUUUGACUGAGAGUUGCAACGGGCAG